CGAACCUUCGCUGGACUGUGGUACAUAAGCCGGUGACUUUCAAACCCUGUGUAUCACCCUCCAAUUACCAGCACCUCAUGUCGGAUAUCAACUGGCCUCAAGACAAUAUUUUCUCGCCAUCUUCGUUUGACGUGGAAGAUGCGCCGCCCAUGGAUUCCCUGAACGAUACUGCCAACACUUUGGAUUUACCUUCUGGGAUACAUUCGUAUACAAGGUUUAUGCCGAGUCAUUCAAGUUCGCAGCGAAACCCUCAGGUUCCCCGCAUCGACAUCCAUUUUGCUGACAAUGAUGUUACAGUCAUUCCUAGCGUAACGCAUUUUCAAAGCAUCUCUCAUGUCUCUUCGACAGCCACACUGCAGGCCGGUGUAAGCGGAAUGGCAAGUGUCGUGCUGUAUAUUUGCUGCAAAUUUGCUGUAAGCUUCUAUGUCACUGACGUCCAUUCCAGCCCAUGGGUAACUACAGCAUGCUCACCUCCUCGGCACCCGCAGCGCCCUUCGGCUAUGCAGAGGCGAAGCCAAUUCAAGGUCUCGUAUCAUCGUAUGGUUUGCACCCAAUCGACGUGCGUUUCCCAAUAAUGCUGGCUAGUCCGUCUUCACGAAUCUCUCACUCGCACUCACCUGCAUGCGAGUCUUAUAACUUCGAUCCCGACCAGCAAUCGUCGCAUGAGCAGCACGUCGGUCAUCGGCGCGCUCGCCGCAGGCAUAUCGAGGAGUGGAAAAGUAUACAAGACACCACUAUCAUGGCCACGGGGACAUCGAUUUUUAUUCCACAGAAGAUCUAUAAACCUCACACUGUCGCCGACCAGCGUCGGUGCAUCGAAGAGGCUGAGCUCAUGGGAUACAUCGCCUUCGAGAACCAGCAUCCCCGGGAGUCAGGAGUGCCUCUUAUCGAUGCACUGCGUUCCAGCUGCAAACAUCUGAUUGACAAAGAAGAUGUAGUGUUCGAAGGCGAAGGACCGUCUGUGUCGAUCCGCAUCCAGUGGCCUGGCUAUGCCUCCUGGACGCGUCAGAUUCCUACCAAGGACUUCCGCACCCCGAAGCAACCCAUCACUCGGGAGAAGCUCGCGAAGAACAUUGCGAACUGCGUCAAGCGAUUCAUCGAGGGAAUGGAGAAGAAGCCGAUGGAGGAUGACGAGGACCCGAAAUGGCGGGUUGGCGGUAGAAACAGCAUCAAGCUUGAGGAUCUUAUCCUCGUCAGCGUCCAUCAUGUCAGCCAGGGAAGCUGGCAGCCUCAGUUGAGAAUGCGCCGUCCUCUCUAAUCCACUGCAACGGCCAAGGCAGCGGCACAGGAUUAGCUGCGCUUUUCUUUGUGUGCAAACUUGAGAUUUGCUUUGCCCGGUACUAAUUUUGCUACUUUCUUUGUAAGUUUGACCGUUUGCUUUGAGAAGGCUUAGGGAGAUAUAGUACUUAAUGAUGUUAAGUUGCAUGACUGGCGGUGUAAAUAUGUUUCCAAAUUUAUGUGGCUUUAUAACAUCUGC